GCUUCAUUUAGUUUUUGCCUUUAUCAAGCAGUGAUAAGCUAAUCUGGAGCUAGAUUGAGCACUUCACACCUUGGCGACAGUCAGUUGGUUAGCCUAGCGUCAAAAUGUUAAACUACUUGUUGAUGAUUAGUGCUCUGCUGGCACUGAGCUGUGCCUGGGCGAAUCCACCGCCAUGUCAUGAGAAGGGAUGUCCCAACGUGACCAUGUACCUGGGACCGAAAUGGGGCUCCAAGGUCAUCUAUCCCAACUAUCCCAAGUUUAGAGGUCCCAGUGAACAGGAACCAUCGAGCGUCAAUAUUACUCUUAGUGAUUCUGAUGAUCAGGUGGAACUGUUUGCUGAUGCCGUUGAAAAUGACCGCAGAGUGCCAGUUCCAAACCGGCGGCCGGUGCCGGAUGAUGACAGCUUUACUUUGGACUUCCCCAAGGAUGAUUUCGACCCUCAGGCACUAACCCCUUCCAGAACUACCAACGACAUCUUAUUCGCAAUCCCGAGAUUACCCUUCAUCUUUGACCUAGGUCUGCUCAACUUCACAGGCCAGAACCUAACAGGUGACGGGUUGAAGGAAAAGUUAUCCCAGCAAAGUGCGGAAAGUUUAUUGCACGUUCGCCGCCUCUACCUGAACAACAACAAGAUAAGUUAUCUUCCAGUGCUGACGUUCCCGGUUGAACUGGAGUACGCGCUGGCCAUGUUGAGGUUGGACAACAACCCACUCUAUUAUCUCUCCAGCUACACUCGCUUCGAGCUGUCCAGGCUUGGAAACCUUAAGAUCUUAAACCUGGCUAACACCGGUCUCUACUACCUGGACUCUCUGUACUUGCCGUCACUGGAAGUCCUGGACCUCAGCAACAACCGCCUCUCCUCUGUGCCUCUAGCCUUCGAGAAGAUGACCAGUCUGCGACACCUGGACCUGAGUGGCAACAGGAUCUCCUCUUUGUACGGCCUCAGCCUCGUCUCCUUGUCGCAACUCGAGUUUCUAUCCUUGGCCGGCAACGGAAUGAUCUACCUCUGGCACGACUUCCAGUCUCUUUACAAUCUCCAGGAGCUGCACCUGAAUGACAACAUGUUGGAGCAUGCAUUUCGAGUUUAUGCACCAUCUGACACGGACUUGUACUUGAGUGGGAAUCCUUGGAAGUGUGACUGCUCUCUUCUGAACUUAGUUUUAGACUCGACCUCACGCAUUGUUGACAAAGACAAUAUGACGUGCCUUGACGGUGACCCCAGACACCCGACCCCACGGCCCGUGACCUCUCUGACCCGGUCUAAUAUGAAGAGCGCAUGUGAGCGCAGCAUAUGGGAGACUGUGUCAGAGGGCUGGUCCACUGCCAGUACAUGGGUCCUGCAGCAUUCGCCCAGUGUUUCCACGAUAUGCGACUUCUUGGGCUGUGUUCUGUUCUCCAUUCUUAUAGUGCUAGCUUUGCGCACAGUCCGCCAAAGGGUGACUCCACUGCAGCUCCCUUACACUAUACUGGACAACAAACAGGCUGCGUGACGUCAUCCGUGCAGAGACUUGUUGUUGUGUA